CGACUCGUCGGAUAAAACGUUUAGAGUUGAACCCCCCCAAAAAUAGCUCGUGUUUCAGGUUGGAUAAUAAACAGCCGGAGCGAAGAUUGUUUCCUUUUCACUCGAUCGACUCAUUUGCGUCGGUCGGACGGCGCGAAGGGGGGUUUCAACUUAAAAAAAAAAAAAACGAACCCGCAGACAUUUUGUUAUUUCUGAGAAUUUUGCGUUUUUUUAUUUAAAUAAUUGUCCUACUUUUUUUCCCUCCAUCCGCGUAAUCGCGACUGGUUAAAAGCGAGCGAACGGACCGCUUUAAAAGGACAACCACAAAAAAAGCGUAGGAGGAAACCAUUACACCCCCCUCUCCCUCGCCUCCCUCCCUCCUCCCCCCCCUCCGCUCACCAGCUAAAUCCAAACACCGCGGUGUGCAUAACGUUCGUAAUUUACAUGCGUUGAGCUCGCGCGUUGCCCGGUGCGUAGAGGCGGAAGGCUCGAUGGAUCAUUUUGACUGACAGCCUCUGAAGAGUCAGCUAGCUUUAGCCAGCGAGGAAGCAGCGCUGCCGGGUUGCUUCUUUUUUUCCUUCUUCUUCUUCUUCCUCUGUUCGCAGACACGGAAAAAUACGGGUUCGGGACGGGUACCGCUACGUGACACUGACUCUGUCACAGCGAAAAAGACGUCAAAGUAUCGCUUGUAUUUGGGUUAAUUGUUUGUUUGUUUUUAGUGUGGGGGGCUCGGGGGGGGGUUGCUAGCUACCGUUAGCUAGUCGUUCUGCUAACGCCGGACGGCUCCUGUAUGCGGCGGGGCUAGCUCUGGACAAAGGACCAACGCGAGGAAAAUUAUAAACACGGAGCACUUAGUUGAUCGUGUUCAGGAAGGAAAGCAACACACCAGGAAUUGACAUGAUGUUUCCACAAUCAAGACACUCAGCUUCAUCGCAGCAGCUGAAAUUCACAACCUCUGACUCCUGUGACAGGAUCAAGGAUGAGUUCCAGUUCCUCCAAGCACAAUACCACAGUUUGAAGCUCGAGUGUGACAAGUUGGCCAGUGAGAAGUCAGAGAUGCAGCGCCAUUACAUCAUGUACUAUGAGAUGUCCUACGGGCUCAACAUUGAGAUGCACAAACAGGCUGAGAUCGUGAAGAGAUUGAACGGAAUCUGCGCACAAGUCCUCCCCUACCUGUCUCAGGAGCACCAGCAGCAGGUCCUGGCAGCCAUAGAGAGGGCCAAGCAGGUCACCCCCCCAGAGAUGAACUCCAUCAUAAGGCAGCAGCUCCAGGCUCACCAGCUGUCUCAGCUCCAGGGCCUGGCCCUGCCCAUGACCCCCCUGCCGCUGGGCCUGAGCCAGCCGAGCCUCCCCGCCGUCACCACCUCCUCCGGUCUCUUCUCCCUCUCCUCCCUGCUGGCCUCCCAAGCCCAGCUGGCCAAGGAGGAGAAGGCCUCUCGCGAAGGAGUCGACAGCCACCGCGAGGAGGACGGAGACAAGUCCGAUUAGACGGGGGGGGGGUCCCCCAUUCAGCUGCGCUUUUUUUGUCCAGAGACCUGAAUCCCUAGAUCCCCCCCCCCCCUCCCUCCCUCCCUCUCUCUCUCUCUUUCUCUCUGACCUUAGCUAUUACGGGCUUCAAUCCCAUCAACACAACUCCAGCUUCAGACCCCUAACCAACUCCCUUUCAUUGGGAGGGCUUUGGCCCCGCCCACUUACGCCAGACUAGUCCCGAUCGCUCCAUAUUUAUCGCGCCGAGGUUGUUUCUUUAUCGUCCCUUCUCUCUCAUCAUCGGGGGGUCUCCCGGGUCUUGUUCGAUUUAACGACUCUCUUCUCUGCAUGUGAUAAAGCUUCAGUUAUCUUGUGUUUUUUUUCCAUCAGUACUGCUUUCUAUUUUGGUUCCUUCCUGCCUUCCUGCUCUGGCUCUCGGUUCUUAUUCCUGUUGAGUUUCUUUUUUUUUUUUUUUUCCUCUCCUCGUCCUCUCGCCUCUGUUCUAAGCUGGUCCUCGUUAUUCAGGACUGAUCUGUGACACUGAUCGCAUCGCACCGCAGGCUAAACGUUAUUUGGCAAGCUGUAAUACUCUUCAGACACAACACAGGACUCCCAAGAACUCCAUUUUCCCCCGACGAGGAGGUCCGACAAUAUUUUUUGGCAGCACCGAUUGCAUGCAUUCAUUCCAAGGUACAACUUGGCUUUGAGUUUAACUGGUGGAUUGUUAUGGAUCAUAGAAGUGUUUAACUAGUGUCAUUUUCCCCUUCUAAAGGGAGAAACCACACACACACACACACACAGACAUCCCAAAAUCGUUAUAUUGGGAAGAUGUCUCCAAACCAGAAAUUCUGAAUUCAUCUUAAAGAAGCAGCACCUCUGUAGAGUAGUUGAUAAAGUAACCCUCCCCCCACGUGAGGUGCCUGUUAAGUACGACAUCCCACCCGCACCUCAACGGAGGGGCAACAUUUCCCCGCGGCCCGUAAGUGAGCAGAGAUGCUGCUCGCCUCCUGUAGCGUCUCCAUCACCCUCUGCAUCUUUAAUGAGUGUGUGCAUGUUGCGUGUGUGUCAGCAGGGGGCAGUGUGGGUCUGCCUCACCAACGGCUUCAGCGCAAAAGGAAAAACACUGAACAAAGGCCGUAAAUUGGGCCGUUUCACGAGACGUAAUCUCUGCAUGCGCUCACUCACAGUCUCUGGUCAGGAUCCAGUUCUCUUGGGGUGGGGGAACCCGUCUUAGAACCUCAGAGUGGAAGCUGAGCUUUCGAUCCCUCUGUCAUUUCCGAUUCGAAUUACGGUACAUUUUUGACUGGCGGUGCAGAUCCGUCGCAUGUGGGGUUAACGUUAUUCAGUACGGCUGCGAUGAGUAACCCCCCUCCUCCCGCUCAGCCUCACAGGCCCUGUUUUCAAGUCAGCCUCACCUUUGCUGGGAGUAAUGCGAUGUCACCAAAACUCUGGCGCUGUGUUCAAAACUGUCUGUCAGAACUUUAGGGCCCUCAAAAGUCUUCCUGGUACACGGCUUGAUGGUGGAGGCAGAUUGAAACAGCCUUGUGUGGCUUUUCUACAAACACUCAGAAGCAGACUUCCUUUUCUCCGACGCUCUCUGAUUGACACUGUGAGAAUGAAUUGACGUGUGAAAAUAAACAAUUUCGCUUAAUCCGGGGGGGGGGGGGGGGGGGGACACACCGCCCCACACAGUCCUUGGCUUGCUGUCGAUAAAAACAAAUUAGAACGUUAUGGCACCCAGAGUAAAGCUUUUUGUUUUGUCCCAAAGCUCAGACGACAAGCGCCGCUGUUGCCGUGGUUACUUUAGUGACGCGCGUUCACACGCAAACACACACCGACAUUUUUCUUAACUUUUUAAAGAAUGCAAUCAAUGCACUUGUUUUGUUUUUCCCUCUUUCUUGGAAAUAUGAAUCAAUACGAAGCAGAACGAGAGUUACAAGGCUGACGUUAUAAACAUACAAAUUUACUUCUAUGUAUUUGUUCAAGUAGUUGGAGGCGCAGUUAUACAUAGAAAGCUUUAUGUGUAUAUAGCUGCAUCUUUUCUUGUCUGUCCUGGAUGAUUUUUGUGCUAUUGUGUAACAAAAACUGAUGUGACACCGGGGGGAGGAGGCGGGGGGGGGGGGGCUGCAGUACGUUGACCUUUGACCCCUUCUCUCCUCUCUGACCCCCCCCCCCCCGCCCCUACCCUCUUCUCCCACGCCACAUCCCACCUUCCUAACUUUUUGCCCCCAUAGCGUGAUGCAUUGUAAGCGUUUUGAGCUUUGUAAAGGUCUUUUUUUAAAUACUUAUUUUGUGCAUAAUGUAAAACCUGAAAGUGUGUACUUUGGCAAAAAAAAUGUUUUGUGUCUGAAAUCAUAGCUUCAUUGAAACAAAAAAAAAGAACCUAUUAAAAAGUACAACAAACAUUUACUAUAAAUAAUAUGAAAUGUUCUGCAGUAAGGAAGGACUUCUGGUGCCUUACAAAUAAAGUCAAUCAAAUCAAAAGUC